CUUCAUUGUGCUUCAUUCGAAAAACAGAUUGCGAUUGAUUUACGGUGAGGAUUUAGAAGUCCAAUAACAGUAUGUAUUAAUACCAACACAAUAACACUCGGAGUACUCCUGGUGGUCUGUGCAUUCAUUGGGACUCUCAAUGCCGUUGCAUUGGACGGCGCUUGCACAACAAACAACGACUGCAUAUGCGGAGAUGCCUACUCGUCAUGUCAGAACUUAUUGUGUAAAUGCGCUACUGGGUACACUGCCAUUGGUGGAACAUGUAAAGCAGACAUCGGCACAACAUGUUCCUCGACAUCGGAUUGCGAUACCACAACAGUGACUGGCACGGUGUGCGAUACAACAAUGACGGAUUCAGUUUGUAAGAUAGGUUCCUCAUCUGCUUGUACAAACAACCAAAAUGACUGCGUAUCAAACUCUGCCUGCGCCUCCAACACUUGUACAUGCACAGCUACCACCCACUCAGAAGAAACAUCAACAAAGCUGUGCAAGAAAGCGCUAGGACAAUCGUGCACCGCUACAUCUGACUGUGAAAACAACAUUUCACCUGUAGUGUGCGAUACGACUCUUGCUUCUCCUGUCUGCAAAAUAGGGGUUGGUGGAGCCUGCGGUGUUGUUACAGACAAGUGUACGACUAAUUCAGCUUGUGACGGUGGAAGUUCAUUAUGCGCUUGCUCUGCUAAUUAUCCAGCCUUGGGUACUCUUUGUGUUGGAGAAUUGACACAAUCUUGCGUCAAUGACGCUGGCUGCAUCAGUAACGCCGGAUGUGUAUCAAGUGCAUGUGCUUGCAGUUCUGGAUAUGUCGCGACUGGCAAUACUGCUUGUAAAGGAGAUUAUGGAACUGCCUGUUCAGUAGCAUCUCCAUGCGAUACAGCAACAAACACCCUGGCUGUAUGCGAUAAUACUGGCUUCUGUAAAAUAAAGGCGGGAUCGAGCUGCGCUGGAAACACAGACAAGUGUGUAUCAGGCGCCUCUUGUGACGGCGGAACUUCCAACUGCGCAUGUAACAGUGGGUACACACAGGAUGCUACACCGGCGUUAUGCCUGGGAGACGCCGGAACAACAUGUACCGCAUCAACAGACUGUGACCAAGUAACAGUUGCUCUGGUAUGCGAUCUAACCGUUUCAUCACCAGUUUGCAGGAAAAAGCUAACCGACUGCGGCGCAGACACCACCAAUUGUGUUGCUAAUAACGCCUGUAGUGGCGGUACAUGUAACUGUGCAACCGGAUUUUCCGAAGAUGGCACAACAUUCCUUUGUGAAGGAGGUGUUGAUUCAACAUGUGACAAUCAGUAUGACUGUGAUGCGAAUACGGGCAUUGUGUGUGACACAUCAUCUAGUAAAUGCAAAAAGGACGUUGCUGCAAGCUGCUCUGCAAACCAGUGUAUAACCAAUGCUGAAUGUGCCUCGUGCAGCUUGUGUGCGUGUUUGGACAGCUACACAUACGCUUCUACUACCUUUACAUGUGAUUACAACAAGGCGACAUCCACUUGUUUUGUUUCUGCUGUAUUGCUGAUGAUCUGUCUCCUUGUUUCGCUCUUUUAACAACCAUCGGGCUGACUCCAGUGUACGAAGAUCGAAUAGUCAAGCAACGAAUUCAAAAUGAAACAAUUAAAAAAUUCCGUGUAUUGUAGUGCCCUUUUCUGAAAACCACUAACCAUAUGAAGUAACAUUUUUACGUACACAUCACAAUAUUACAACAAUUGGGCAUUUUUUUUACAUACGCGGAUAGCCUUCCACGUGACAUUGAAGAUAAAAAACAUUCAGUGGAAUAGAAUUGUAUACUUUCCACCAACUUAUUAUUUAAGAUAUGCGUUUAAGUACUUUUUUAAAACUGUCAAAAGUUGUUGGAAUAAAUUAGAACUAACUAUUUAAGUUAACCGUUUGAAAUGUCUUUUUCAAAAUUUAAGAAUGUACAUAGUAUUUAUACUUUGAUGUUUUGUAUAUUUGCUUACUUAUGUUUUUCUGUGUUAACUGUAAACUAAUGAACAAGUGGAAUAACACAUACAAACAGUUUGAGGCAAAAAAUCACAUGUUGUCAAUUUGUUCUAUUUUCACACAUAAAAUACAUAUACUCAUAAUGAAAGUAUCUGAAAUAUAUCGUGUUUAAGAAAUUUUAAGAUUUGAACUGAAAUCUAAUUAUUUGAACAUUAUUUUAUUGAGUUUACAUUCAAUCCCAUGUUCAACGUAUCGACUUAUCGCAUUAUGCAACUGUUUGUGGU